GCGCAGGGAGGAGUCACGCGCCGGAACCCGGCUCGCCAGCAAGCCCUGCGGCCCGCGCGGGGCACGGCGGUCUGCGUCCGGGCCGGCGGCUCUGCGCAAGCUCCGCCCUCCGGCGUCGCGGGGGUCGGGAGGCGCCGGAAGCGCUGGGGGCAGCCUGAUGGCGCCGGCGGGAGACACCGCACUGGGCGUCGAGAUGCGGCGGGGCGCGGGCGGGGCCCGGGGACGUGCUUCCCGGGGCUGGGCCCUGGCGCUGCUCUGCCUCGCGGCGGCUCCGGGCUGGCUCCGGGCUUCGGGCAGUCCCUCCCGGCGCCACUGGCCGGAGCCCUACAAACGCUUUGACUUCCGACCAAAACCUGAUCCUUAUUGUCAAGCUAAGUAUACUUUCUGUCCAACUGGCUCACCUAUCCCAGUUAUGAAGGAUGAUGAUGAUAUUGAAGUCUUUCGAUUACAAGCCCCAGUAUGGGAAUUUAAAUAUGGAGACCUCCUGGGACACUUGAAAAUUAUGCACGAUGCCAUUGGAUUCAGGAGUACAUUAACUGGCAAGAACUACACAAUGGAAUGGUAUGAACUUUUCCAACUUGGCAACUGUACAUUUCCCCAUCUCCGACCGGAAAUGGAUGCCCCUUUCUGGUGUAAUCAAGGCGCUGCCUGCUUUUUUGAGGGAAUUGAGGAUGCUCACUGGAAGGAAAAUGGGACAUUAGUUCAAGUAGCAACUAUAUCAGGAAACAUGUUCAACAAAAUGGCAAAGUGGGUGAAACAGGACAACGAAACAGGAAUUUAUUAUGAGACAUGGACUGUAAAAGCCAGCCCAGAAGAAGGUGCAGAAACGUGGUUUGAUUCCUAUGACUGUUCCAAAUUUGUGUUAAGGACCUAUAACAAGUUGGCUGAAUUUGGAGCAGAGUUCAAGAAAAUAGAAACCAACUAUACAAGAAUAUUUCUUUACAGUGGAGAACCUACUUAUCUGGGAAAUGAAACAUCUGUUUUUGGGCCAACAGGAAACAAGACUCUUGCUUUAGCCAUAAAAAAAUUUUAUUACCCCUUCAAACCGCAUUUAUCAACUAAAGAAUUUCUGUUGAGUCUCUUGCAAAUUUUUGAUGCAGUGAUUGUGCACAGACAGUUUUAUUUGUUUUAUAAUUUUGAAUAUUGGUUUUUACCUAUGAAAUUCCCUUUCAUUAAAAUAACAUAUGAAGAAAUCCCUUUACCUAACAGAAACAACACUAUCGGCCAGGCACGGCAGCUCACACCUGUAAUCUCAGCACUUUGGGAGGCCAAGGUGGGCAGAUGA